AACAAGUCAGGGAUUACACAAUGUUAGCUAACUUUGCUUCUCUCUACCGUUUGUCCACUGUUGGUGGUGCUGCCGCCCGUACCACUUUACGUACCGCCGCUUUAAGAUCUGCUUACCCAUCUUUGGUCAGAUCCUAUGCUGCCUUCAACCGUUCUAAACCCCACGUUAACAUUGGUACCAUUGGUCACGUUGAUCAUGGUAAAACCACUUUAACUGCUGCCAUCACCAAGGUUCUUUCCGAAAAAGGUGGUGCCAGUUUCAUGGAUUAUGGUUCCAUUGAUCGUGCCCCUGAAGAAAGAGCUAGAGGUAUCACCAUUUCUACUGCCCACGUCGAAUACGAAACUGACAACAGACAUUAUGCCCACGUUGACUGUCCAGGUCACGCUGAUUAUAUUAAGAACAUGAUUACCGGUGCCGCCCAAAUGGACGGUGCUAUUAUCGUUGUUGCAGCUUCUGAUGGUUCCAUGCCUCAAACCAGAGAACACUUGUUAUUGGCUAGACAAGUUGGUGUCCAACAAUUGGUUGUCUUUGUUAACAAGGUUGAUAUGAUUGACGAUCCAGAAAUGUUGGAAUUAGUUGAAAUGGAAAUGAGAGAAUUAUUGAGUCAAUACGGUUUCGAUGGUGACAACACCCCAGUUGUCAUGGGUUCUGCUUUAUGUGCUUUAGAAGGUAAGAAGCCAGAAAUUGGUUCCGAAGCUAUCAUGAAAUUGUUGGAUGCUGUUGACGAAUGGAUCCCAACCCCAGUCCGUGACUUGGAACAACCAUUCCUUAUGCCUGUUGAAGAUGUCUUUUCCAUUUCUGGUAGAGGUACCGUUGUCACCGGUAGAGUUGAACGUGGUACUUUAAAGAAGGGUGAAGAAGUCGAAAUUGUCGGUAACUUUGACAAGCAAUUCAAGGCCACUGUUACUGGUAUUGAAAUGUUCAAGAAGGAAUUAGACCAAGCUAUGGCUGGUGACAACUGUGGUAUCUUAUUGAGAGGUGUCAAGAGAGAUGAAGUCAACAGAGGUAUGGUUUUAGCUAAGCCAAACACCGCCAAGGCUCACACCAAGUUCUUAGCCUCCUUGUAUAUCUUAUCUACUGAAGAAGGUGGUCGUCACUCCCCAUUCGGUGAAAACUAUAAGCCACAAGCUUUCUUCAGAACCACCGAUGUUACUUGUGCCUUCAAGUUCCCUCCAGGUGAAGGUGUUGACCAUUCUCAACAAGUUAUGCCUGGUGACAACAUUGAAAUGGUUGGUGAAUUAUUCAAGAAGACCCCAAUUGAAGUUAACCAACGUUUCAACAUCAGAGAAGGUGGUAAGACUGUCGGUACUGGUUUAAUCACCAGAAUCCUUGAAUAAACAAGACGUACAUAGUUAAUUAUUCCAUUAUAUGGACUGUACAUAGUGAAUUUAUGUUGUUUUCUU